UUCAUAUCAUCGACCCUGUGUAAAUCUUUUUGUGUAUUGUUAAGGCGUAUGUGAAAGUAAAUUGAAUCAGUCGGAUUUAGUGCAAUAAAGUGAAGAUAUUAAACAAUGGCAGGCCAAACAAUAAACGAUCGGCUUCUUGCGGCUAAGCACAGCUUAGCUGGUCAGGGCCUUGCAAAAUCCGUAUGCAAGGCUACCACAGAAGAGAUGCUGGGCCCCAAGAAAAAACAUCUAGACUACUUAGUACACUGUACCAACGAGCCCAACGUGUCGAUACCUCAAAUGGCCAAUUUGUUAAUGGAAAGAUCCCAAAGUACGAGCUGGGUAGUGGUCUUCAAGUCCCUUAUAACGACACAUCACGUAAUGUGCUAUGGUAAUGAGAGAUUCACGCAGUAUUUGGCCUCUAGUAACGUAUCCUUUCACUUAUCGAAUUUCGUAGAUAAGACUGGAGUGCAAAGUGCUGUGGGAGCUAGAACGGGAUACGAUAUGUCUCCGUUCAUAAGAAGGUAUGCUAAGUAUUUAAAUGAAAAGGCUUUGUCGUAUAGAGCUGUAGCUUUUGAUUUCUGUAAAGUAAAACGAGGCAAGGAAGAGGGCACGUUACGUACCAUGAACUCUGAAAACUUACUUAAAACGCUGCCCAUCCUUCAGAAUCAGUUAGACGCUCUAUUAGAAUUCGACUGUACUGCAAAUGAUCUCACAAAUGGCGUUAUAAACAUGUGCUUUAUGUUGCUUUUCCGUGAUCUCAUCCGUCUGUUCGCAUGUUAUAACGAUGGAAUAAUUAAUCUCUUAGAAAAAUAUUUUGAAAUGAACAAGAAACAGUGCAGGGAAGCUUUAGACUUAUACAAGAAAUUCUUGAUACGUAUGGAUAGGGUUGCAGAAUUUUUAAAAGUUGCCGAAAACAUAGGAAUUGAUAAGGGUGAUAUUCCCGACCUUACCAGGGCCCCCAACAGCCUUUUAGAUGCUUUAGAACAACAUUUGACUUCCUUAGAAGGUAAUACCCCUACGGCGGUGACAAACCAAAAGAACUUAAAGUCUGGGGUGUCGGCACUGUCGAAUACAAGCAACGCAUUUGGCUCGGCGGUGGACGAUAACUUUAAGCAAGCAGCGGUUGCAGAGGAAGAAGCCGCUUUGAACCAGUACAAGGCUAGUGUUGGGUCCCCCGCCGCCAGCACCAAUCCGUUCUUGAGCGACGAACCUACUAUUAAAUCCGAACCAAUCUUAGACUUAUUUGGAGGUGACAGUGGAAUAACCGCUGCCCCUAGUCAGGCGCAGUCUAGCAACGCUCUCGAUGACUUGCUGUCCCUCGGGAAUAACCCCUUUGCUGACUUUUCCACUCCGGCAACUUCCGUGGGUCCUACCAAUACGGAUUUCUUCUCCGUUACAUCCACGACCGCAGAAUCUACAACUGUGACUAACAAUAUGUGGGCUACCAACGGAUUUGCCGCGACAAACGCUUUCCAACAACCUGCCGCCCAACCGUUUUCUGCCGCCAACGAUCUGAGCGGACUUUUCAACACAAACGAGCCUUCAGUGUUUGAUCCUCUAGCAGAUCCUACCAAGACGACGUCCGCCAUUCCUCAGCCUGUUUCCAAUCAACCUCAGAGGCCUCCACCACCUUCCAAAAUCCUAACUGGUGAUCUGGAGUCCAGUUUAACUUCACUCGUGGAAAAUCUUACCAUGGAUUCGGGCAGUAGGUCUUCGCAAUGGAAUUCGCCGAAGAACCAACCCAAAACGUCAUCCGCGGGAGGCUGGCAGCCCCAACCCAUGGCGGCCACCACAGCUGCCUCAUACAGACCCAUGAUGGGGCAGCAGCCCGUUAUGCAACCCAUGAUGUCGAGCGGUCAACCCAUGAUGGGGCAACCGAUCAUGCAGCCAAUGAUGGGGGCCCCCAUGCAGUAUCCUAUGGGUGCGGUGCAACAGCCUAUCAUGGGCAGUCCAAAGAUGGGGGUGGCGCAGCCACAACAGCAGCAGCCGGCAAAGCAGGCAGUUACUUUCGAUCCGUUUGGGGCCCUAUAGUAAUUUUCAAAGAAUGUCUUAGGGUCUUUUCUUGCACUUUUCCUUACGGACACGAUCAAAGUUGUUAAAAGACUUAAAUUAAGUAUUUGUAGUAAUCUUCCAAAAUAAAAAA